UUGACCUCUCAGUCCCCACCAUGAUUUGCUAUAUUCCCCUUCCCCUCUUUAUGAAUGAAUAUUGAGAUAGAACCAUCCUCUUUGUGUGUUGUUAUUCUUUCCCACAGCAACAAGUUUCAAUGUCUGAGUCUGAAUUAGCCUCUUCUGAUCAAUCUCCCUCCUCCUCCACAUCCACUCCAACCAUUCAAAUAGUCUCAAAGUCCUUCUCUGAGAGGCUUAUGGGGAAAUUCUUUGAUGCCACUCAGUUUGAUUUUGUGUAUGAGCAAAGUGGCCUGUGGUCUCCCCCAGUAAGAAGGACUGUGUUCUUGGCCUCACCUGCAGGUAACAUAUGCUCUCAAGACGAAAUUCUGAGGCAGCUCAAGAACGCAAAGAAGCCUUGCAAGAGACCCUUGUUUUGCUUCUUCAAUGCCUUUUGGUGCUCUUAAGUUGAUCUUGGCAGUGCAUAAAGUUGAUAUGCCAACCAUAACCUCCUUUGGGAUAAAGUUGUGUUUGUCUCAGAAUAUUUAUAUAUGAUCCUUUCAUUGUGCAUGUGUGGGUACUGCUUUGCCAACUAUGUGGUCCAGUGGAAUUAUAACCUAAAGUGGGAUAUUAUAUGUAUAGAAAAGUACUUGCAAGUUCUUUGCCAUGUUACCAAAAGUCUUGUA